AUGGUGCUGAUUAGUUCUUUUGGAACCUUUUUAGGGCUUCUAAUAUCAUUAGUAUCAACUUCACCAAUUGAUAUACCAUCGAAAAAAUUCCUUGUGGAAAAUUUACCAGGUAUUGAAAGUGUUGAUGAAAUUGAUAGACCUUUAAUGUAUGCAGGUCAUUUAGAAUUAAACCCAAAGAUUGAAGAAAAUUAUUUUUUUUGGAAAUUUUUAAAGAAAAAUUAUGAAUUUAAUAAAACUAUAAUUUGGUUAAAUGGUGGACCUGGUUGUUCAAGUAUGGAUGGUGCAUUAAUGGAAAUUGGUCCAUUACACGUGAGACAAGAUGGUGAUUUGAAAUAUAAUACUGGGUCAUGGAAUGAAGUUGCAGAUUUAGUAUUUGUUGAUCAACCUGGUGGAACUGGUUUUAGUACAACAAAAGAUUAUGAUAAGGAUUUAAAUAAAGUUGGUGAUGAUUUUGUUGUGUUUUUACAAAAAUAUUAUGAAGUUUUCCCAGAAGACUUAAAUAAAGAACUUUAUAUUGCUGGUGAAAGUUAUGCAGGUCAAUAUAUUCCAUUCAUUGCUGAUAAAAUUUUAAAUUCAAAUGAAUCAUUUAGUUCAAAUUUAAAAGGUUUAUUAAUUGGGAAUGGUUGGAUUGCUCCAAUUAUUCAAAGUUUAAGUUAUAUACCUUUUAUGUUGGAUAAAGGUUUAUUAAAUCCAAAUGAUGAAUUUAUGCCAAAAUUAUUAAAACAACAAGAACAUUGUCAAAAUUUAGUUAAUAAUCCUGUUAAUGAUGAUAAAUUUGAAAUGCGUGAAUGUGAAAAUAUCUUAACAUGGAUCUUACAAUAUACUAGAGAUAAAAAAGGUCCAAAGGAUCAAGAAUGUUUAAAUAUGUAUGAUAUUAAAUUAAGAGAUAGUUAUCCAAGUUGUGGUAUGAAUUGGCCACCUGAUUUAGAACAAGUUGGUCCUUAUUUACAUAAAAAGGAAGUUGUUCAAGCUUUAAACCUUGAUCCUUCUAAAAUCAAACAAUGGAGAGAAUGUGAUGGUGAUGUUUCAAAAUAUUUAAAAAAUAAAGGUAUGAAACCUUCAUAUAAUUUAUUACCUUCUUUAUUAUCAAAAUUAGAAAUUAUGUUAUUUAAUGGUGGUAAUGAUAUUAUUUGUAAUAAUCGUGGUGUUGAAGAUUUAAUUUCAAAAUUAAAUUGGGGUGGUUCAAAAGGUUUUAGUGAUGAAGUGGAAACUUAUGAUUGGAUUUAUGAUGAUCAAUUGACUGGUUCAAUUAAAUCAUCUAAAAACUUGACUUAUGUUGAUGUUUUCAAUGCUUCACAUAUGAUUCCAUUUGAUUUACCAGAACAAUCAAGAGGAAUUUUUGAUUUGUUUGUUAAAAAUUUUAAAUUUCAAGAUCAAGAUGGUAAACAAUAUAUUGAAACUCCAAUUCAUCAUAAAGAUACACCAACCCAGGAUAAUAAUGAAAAUGAAAAUCAAGAUUCAGAAAAUUCAAAGGGGAAAUCACCAAUUUUUUUCAUUUUUUAUUUAAUAUUCUUUUUAAUACUUGGUGGAUUAGUUGUUUAUUAUAAAAAAAGAAAACAACCUAAAAAAACUUCAAUUUUAAGAAAUAAAAAUUUAAAUGAUAAUAAUAAUAAUAAUAUCAAUUCAAGAAAUGGUCAUAAAAAAACAGUUUCAUGGGCUGAUUCAAAUGAUGAUCGUAUUAGUCCAACUUCUACACCACCACCAACAUAUCAAAGAACUCAAGCUGAACCAUCAAGAUCAAAUAGAUUAAAUAAUUUCAUCAAUAGUUUUAAUCGUGGAGAUAGUUCAAAUGGUCAAUAUAAAAAAGUUUAUAAUACUGAAGACUUGGAAGAUAUUGAACUACAAUCAAAUGUUCAUAAGAAAAGUUUAGAUGAUGAUGAAUUUGAUAUUGAUAAUGAAUUAGAUAAUGAUUAUGAUUUAGGAACUUCAAGUAAAUCAACUUCUCAACAUAAAGAGUGA